CGACGGCACCGCCUCCCCGCGGGAGCUCAGUAAAGGCGGUGAGGGCCCGCCUCCCAGUUCGGAAGGAGGCGUGGGCAUGUAGCUGCUGGGGACUUAGCAGCUGGGGGCUGGCGCCGCUUCCAAGGCGCCCCGUGGGUUCCGUGGGGGCACGGUCCGGCGCAGCGCUGAUGGCCCUGCUCCCGCGGCCCGCGCUCGCUCUCCUGCUACUCCUCUUCCUGCCCGCAGCUCUCAGGUGCCAGGAGCAGGCCCAGACCACCGACUGGAGGGCCACCCUGAAGACCAUCAGAAACGGCGUUCACAAGAUAGACACGUACCUGAACGCCGCCUUGGACCUCCUGGGAGGCGAGGACGGGCUCUGCCAGUAUAAGUGCAAUGACGGAUCUAAGCCUUUCCCACGUUAUGGGUAUAAACCCUCCCCACCUAAUGGAUGUGGCUCUCCACUGUUUGGUGUUCACCUCAAUAUUGGCAUCCCUUCCCUGACAAAGUGCUGCAACCAGCACGACAGGUGCUACGAGACCUGUGGCAAAAGCAAGAAUGACUGUGAUGAGGAAUUCCAGUAUUGCCUCUCUAAGAUCUGCCGGAACGUGCAGAAGACACUCGGGCUGGCUCAGCAUGUUCAGGGUGUGGAGGAAAACAUGACCGAAACAGAUGGCUUCUAUAUGAGUGAAACAUUUGAUCCGGCAGAAAAGUACAAAAUGGACCACAAGAGGAGAGGAACCGCUUUAAUCUUCAAUCAUGAGAGGUUCUCCUGGCGUUUAACACUGCCAGAAAGGCGGGGCACCAGCGCAGACAGAGACAAUCUUAGGCGCAGGUUUUCAGAGCUAGGAUUUGAAGUGAAAUGCUUUAAUGAUCUGAAAGCAGAGGAGCUCCUGCUCACAAUCCAUGAGGCAUCAUCUUCUAGCCACAUAGAUGCCGAUUGCUUUUUAUGUGUUUUCCUGAGUCAUGGCGAAGGCAGUCACAUUUAUGCACAAGAUACCAAGAUUGAAAUUCAGACUUUGACUGGCUUAUUCAAAGGAGACAAAUGUCAGAGCCUAGUUGGAAAACCCAAGAUAUUUAUUAUUCAGGCAUGUCGGGGAGACCAGCAUGAUGUGCCAGUCAUUCCUCUGGAUGUAGUGGAUCAUCAAAAAAACAUGCUGGAUGUCAACAUAACCCAGGUGGAUGCGGCCUCAGUUUCCACACUGCCUGCUGGAGCAGACUUUCUCAUGUGUUACUCAGUUGCAGAAGGUUAUUAUUCUCAUCGGGAAACUGUGAAUGGCUCGUGGUACAUUCAGGAUUUGUGUGAGAUGCUGGGAAAAUUUGGCUCCUCCUUAGAGUUCACAGAGCUCCUCACCCUGGUGAACAGGAAAGUUUCUCAGCGCCGAGUGGACUUUUGCAAAGACCCAACUGCAAUUGGAAAGAAGCAGGUUCCCUGCUUUGCCUCAAUGCUUACUAAGAAGCUGUAUUUCUUUCCAAAAUCCAAAUGAUAGGAAUAAUUGUGUUUUAUGUAUCUUGUCUAUAUUCAAAACAGAUUUUCUUGUCCUUUUAUAUAAAUAUCACUAAGGUGGAAGCUUAUGGUAUAGCAGUUUAAAAUGUUUUAAGGUUUAAUGAGAACUUAAAAUAGUUGAUGUUGGUAUUAGACAUGCUGAUAUUAGAUGAAAGGGGUUGAUAUAUAUGAAAUGAAAUCCUCAGGGAAUUACUAUAAAUAAAAAUACACAAACAUUUGUAAUACUUGAUUUUUAUAGUAAAUCUCAAGGUUACUCAAAAAUAUCUGGAAGAUUUAAAUUUGUAUUCUGUGAAGUUUUUAUAAAAGUUUUAUAAUGUUUUUAAAGGUUUUUGAAACUCAAAAACUAGUUGUUUCCCCUUAAUAAAAUAUUUGAAAUCCAUGUUUUAAUUUUUCUAAUUGACAUUCUUACUCAUUUGUAUAAUUCAGAGUACUCUUGUACUUGGUCAUACAAAUUCAUCUACAUAUGAAUUAUCACUUCUUGUAUAGGUUUCACCUCUCACUUAAAAAAGCCUUUAUGGAAAUAUAUACCAUGAUGAUGGACUGGAAGAAUUAAUAUUGUUAGAAUGUCCACAGUGCCUAAACGAUCUACAGAUUCAAUGUAAUCCCUAUCAAAAUACUAAUGACAUUUUCACAGAACUAGAACAAAGAAUCCUAAAUCCAAUAAAUGGUAUUGGGAAAAAUGGACAGCUGCAUGUGAAGAAUGAAACUGGGCCAUAUAUAAAAAUAAAAAAUCAAAGUAGUUUGAAGACUUGAAUGUGAGAACUGAAAUCAUAAAACUAGGAAGAGAAUAUAAGAAAAAUGUAGGUAAGCUCUUGGGACACUGGUCUGAGCACCUGCCCUCAGGCAAGGACAACAAAAGCAAAAAUAAACAGAACUAUAAAAGCUUUUACACAACAAAGGAAACCAACAAAACUUUUUAAAAAGGCAACCUAGUGAAUGGAAGAAGAUAUUUAUAAAUCACAUAUCUGAUAAAGGAUUAAUAUUGAAAUUAAUAUUGAAACUAUAUAAGAACUCAUUCAAGUCAACACACACAUACACACAAAACCCCAAUCUGAGUAAAAAAUGGACACAGGACCUGAACAGACAUUUUUCCAAAGAAGUCCUACAAAUGGCCAAUAGGCACAUGAAAAAGAUGCUCAACAUCACUUAUCAGGGAGAUGCAAAUCAAAACCAUAAUGAGGUAUUACCUCACACCAAUCAGCAUAGCUAGUAUGAAACAUGAGUAGGAUCUAAGUAAGUAUUAGUUCAGAUGAAACAUUUCAGAUAACAUCUUAUAAUCUUAAACUAUAUUUAAUGAUAAAGAUCUUCCAAUUAUUAUGAUAUAUUUAAAAAUAAGUUAAUGACAAGACGAUUCUAAAGGAAGCCUAAGACGGAAAACGAAUGCCACACACAGAGACCACUCCUCUGCAGGAGAAUGAACACAACCCAGACGGACAAGGACUCUUAGCUCAAGUACCUGACUACAGUGGCAGCUGCUCGGACUCUGAUGGGCGCGUCCAAGCUCCUCCCCACAUUAAUCCCGGACAAGUCAUGCGAAUCCACAAACCAAAAAUCUCCAGUGAGAACUUCAAAGAAUACCUAUGUUCACAUUUUUUUUUAAUUAACAAAAGAGAUUGAAACGAUCAAAUCCAAAGGAACUAAGGGACUCAAAGUUCCAGUUUCUAAGUUGCAGAAUCAACACAUAACCGGAAAAAUUUAAUAACAUUUAGAAAUGUUAGAUUAAUUCUUUUCAUGGACUUUCUCUCCUUGCAUUCGCAAACAGUGAGUGGCGCACCUGUUUCAGGGAUUCCGUAGCCUGUCAAUGGGAAAAAGAAAAAGUACGUGAUCAGAGAGAAUGAGAAACAGGGCAUUACUGCAUGAGAAGAGUAAAUGUAUAUGUAAAUUUAGUGUAUCCUUAGCUUAAUAAACAUUUAUAAUGACUAGUGGCAAAUGUCUACAGUAUUUCAGUGAAUAGGGACCCUUCAGAAAAGAGGAACUUAAGGUUUUGAUACAUCCUUCAAGUUCUUAUUAUGUUCAUUGUCCCUUUAUAAUGGUUUUUCUGUUUCUUAUCUGAAAAGAAAACCACUUUGUGACCUAUCAAUCUCCCUUUUUCCUCAACUUUAUUACCUAAAAAAAAUAUUUCACAGGUACUACUCUAAAUCCUAAGUGCCCACUGCCAUGAACUAGUUGGAAGAACAUCCCUUAGGCUUCUUGGAUUAGAUCAUUCAAAUGUAAGACUGUACACUAAAUAAAAAUAAAAUUGUUGUAUUUUUCCCAAGUAGUGAUUUUACAGAAUUAAAAAAAAAAAUGUUUUUUGUUUAUUUAUUUUGAGAGAGAGACAGAAAGUUGGGAGGAGCAGAGAUGGAGGGUGAGAGAAUCCCAAGCAGGCUCUGCACUGCCAACACAGAGCCCAACGCGGGGCUCGAACUCAUGAACCGUGAGAUCGUGACCUGAGCCCAAACCAAGAGUCAGACGCUUACCGACUCUUGGUAAGAGUCAGACGCUUAUUGAUCUCGGCUUGGGUCACGAUCUUACGGUUCAUGAGUCCGAGCCCCACAUGGGGUUCUGCACUGACUGCACAGAGCCUGCUUCAGAUUGUGUCUCUCCUCCUCUCUGCCCCUGCCCGGCUUGUGCAUGCACCCUCUCAAAAUAAAGACAUAGAAAAAUUAUUUAAAGGUUAUCUCCAAUUCUUGACUUACAAAUUUAAUUCCAGGAAUAUCUAUAUCUAUCUAUAUUUUUUAAUUUGAGGGAUGAGUAGUUUAGAAGGUACAGAUAACAAGAGAUAUUAUGAAUACUGGCUAUUAAAUGAGCAUGCACCGAGCAAUGGGAAGAGAUUUUUACCAAAACUUUUCCUCUAAAAUUACUAAGAAAAAUUAAAAAUCUAGUAAACAUGUUGAAAGCUACCAUCUGAACAAAACUAAGGAGUCUGCUGGUAGGCCAGAGAUAAAAGCUGCCUGAGACACAUAUUGUGUGAAAGACUUAAAAGUACAGGCUCCAGUGUCAAACUUCUGGAUUCAUACCUUGGUUUCCCCACUUUCUAACAGUGUAUACCUGGGCAAGUAACUAAGCACCUCUGUUUUCUCACCGGAAAGAUGGAAAAGAUGAAAGGACAAAUACCAUAUUGAAUCUUCCAUUUUUAAGGAGAAGCAGCUUUUUUUUUUUUUUUACAAGUGCCUCAAGAAGCUUAAAAUUCUUUAUCAGUCUUCACCUUCCUAAAAGUCUACUUUCUUUUAUGGUCUUGAAAGUUGAGCUUGAUAUUAGACUGUUU